UCGCGGCGAUGUGGUCGAGGAAGGGACGUGGCCGGACGUCGCCGCGGCCGGCAGGUCCAGCUUCAAGGUGAAGCUGCCGACGGCGGGCAGGAAGAAGGAGAACAAGUCGGCGUGCCGUCAGCUCCUCGCCCUGUUUCACCACCGCAAGCCUCGGGACCCGCUCCGUGGCUCCAGCGCUGCCUCGUCGGUACCCCUGCUCGAUAUGGGCGCCAGAGCAUGGGACUACGAGGCCCUGCCGGAACUACAUACCUCGACGGCGGUCACGCCGACCUCGACGCCACCGAACGCAUCGCAGCAGAAGGCUCCCAGGGUGUACUUUCAAGCGGAGAAUCUGGCGUCCACCAGGCGGAGGAGCAGCAGCAAACUGCUGGCGCCGCAGCAGUCCUGCAGGAGACGCAGUCGGAGCAUGAGCGCCUGGAGCGAUCUGUCCAGGUCGUCCUUUAGGUUGGAUGAAAGAGUUCGCGUUGAGUACUAUGUGAACGAGAACACAUUCAAGGAACGACUACAGCUGUACUUCAUCAAGAAUCAACGCUCGAGCUUGAGGAUACGACUCGCCAAUCUCUUCUUCAAGCUGCUGACAUGCUUCCUGUACAUAUUCAGGGUCAUCACCGACAACGAACCAACGUUCGCGGCAUGUUACGGUUGCACGCCCGGCAACAAGACCGAGUUCCUCGCGUCGCAGAAUUUGACGGAGGAGGAGUUUCAGGAGCACCCGACGAUCAACUGGGAAGCGAUUCUCUGGGUCAGGAGGCCGCUGGAGCUGUGGGUGGUACAAGUGAUUUUGGCGAUGGUGUCGCUAACCGAAGCCCUGCUGCUCGCAUAUCUCGGUUACAAGGGAAACGUCUGGCAGCAGCUUCUAUCCUUCCACUUCAUCCUGGAGCUUGUCAACACGAUCCCGUUCACAAUCACGUUAUUGUACCCACCGAUGAGGAAUCUAUUCAUCCCGGUAUUCCUAAAUUGCUGGUUGGCGAAGCACUCCUUGGAGAAUAUGUUUAACGACCUGCAUAGGGCGAUGCAGAAGUCCCAGUCGGCGUUGAGUCAGCAGCUGAUGAUCCUUAGCGCUACGUUACUGUGCCUUGUCUUUACUAGCGUGUGCGGGAUCCAGCACUUCCAGAGAGCGGGGCACAGACACCUGAACCUGUUUCAAAGCACGUACUACGUCGUAGUGACGUUCUCUACGGUAGGCUACGGGGAUAUCGUGCCGGACAUUUGGCCUUCGCAACUCUACAUGGUCAUCAUGAUCUGCGUAGCGCUCAUAGUGUUACCAACGCAGUUCGAACAAUUAGCUUUCACGUGGAUGGAACGGCAGAAGCUGGGCGGCUCGUACUCGUCGCACCGGGCGCAAAGCGAGAAGCACGUGGUGGUUUGCAGCACGACUCUGCAAGCCGACACCAUCAUGGACUUUCUAAAUGAGUUUUACGCCCACCCCCUGCUGCAGGAUUAUUACGUUGUGCUGUUGUCGCCAAUGGAGCUCGACACGACGAUGCGGAUGAUCCUGCAAGUGCCGAUCUGGGCACAGAGGGUGAUCUACAUACAGGGCUCGUGCCUGAAGGACGGCGAUCUCGCGAGGGCCCGGAUGAACGAGGCGGAGGCCUGCUUCGUGUUGGCGGCGAGGAACUAUGCCGACAAGACCGCCGCCGACGAGCACACGAUACUCAGGUCCUGGGCGGUGAAGGAUUUCGCGCCCAAUGUUCCUCAGUACGUUCAAAUCUUCCGUCCGGAGAACAAGCUCCACGUGAAGUUCGCGGAGCACGUGGUGUGCGAGGACGAGUUCAAGUACGCCCUUUUGGCGAACAACUGCACGUGUCCAGGCGCAUCCACGUUGGUCACUCUGCUGCUGCAUACAUCCAGAGGACAAGAAGGUCAGCAGUCGCAAGAAGAGUGGCACCGGCUAUACGGUAAAUGUUCCGGCAACGAGAUAUAUCACAUAAUUCUCGGCGACUCUCGCUUUUUCGGGGAAUACGAGGGAAAAUCCUUCACCUACGCGUCCUUCCACAGUCACCGGAAAUACGGGGUCGCGCUCGUCGCAGUCAGGCCGGCGGAGCUUCCGGAAUUUUACGAGGACACUAUCCUGCUGAAUCCUGGGCCACGGCACAUAAUGAAGAAGACCGACACCUGCUACUACAUGAGCAUCACCAAAGAAGAGAACUCCGCGUUCGUGGUGGCGAACAAUCAGAGCGCCGUGAUCGGAGAAGGGAUGCAGGUGAUCGUCGAGACGAAGACGGACCCGACGUGCGCGAGCGGCGGCGGCCCGGCGGCGUGCGCUACGACGACCAGCACCGCCACGGCGACCAUGAACUCCACGGGGGCGACGUCGGCUGUGACCACGACGACGACAACCACUACCACCACGAUAUCGACCAGCUGCACCGUCGGCGGCGGCGACGGGAACGGUACAGCAAUCAGCAACGGUGCCGACGCGCACCAGCGAUUUUCCAACAGUUGUAACGUUGCGCUGAUCGAAACACUACGCAGGCAGGAGACCUGCACGGGGCCCCGUGGGCAGGACCGCUCGCAAAACGGUCCGCAAGGUCACAGGGCCCCGUUGCCGCCGCAGGUUAUUUUGCAGGUCCUUCCUAGCACGCCCACACCAAUCCAACACCACAACUUACUCGCAUCCGAUGUCCACCCGACUUAUCUCGAUCCCGGAGGGUUCGGGGACUCGAGGCAGUGUCUGAAAGAGGGAGGAUCGACGCCGCAAACGCCAAUCACCGGAAAUCACCUCGAUGUGCCACGGUCUCUCGACCCGAAUCCCAAUCUGCUUAGCCCGGAAAUUCUGACUCAAAGGAGAGGGAGCAGAAGACCGAGUAUUUUACCGGUACCGGACAUGUUAACUAGCUCGACCUUGCACCUGCCCGGUCAAGAGUCUUUGGACCACGAGGGCGACGAGUCGGAAGAUGAGAUGGACGACGACGUUCCCUGGCGAUCGCCCAGCGAGAAGAUCGCGAUCGUCAAGGGAUUCCCGCCGGUUUCGCCCUUCAUCGGAGUCUCGCCGACCUUGUGCUACCUCCUCAAGGAAAAAAAGCCGCUCUGUUGCCUUCAGCUGGCUCAGGUAUGCCAGCAUUGCACCUAUAGGAACGCCAAGGAAUACAAUUGGCAGAACAAGACCAUCAUACUGGCGGCGGAUUACGCCAGUAACGGGAUUUACAACUUUAUAAUACCGUUGAGGGCGCAUUUUAGGUCGAAAACGUCGCUGAAUCCGAUCAUCCUCUUGCUGGAGAGGAAACCGGAAAUCGCGUUUCUCGACGCGGUGUCCUACUUUCCGCUGGUCUACUGGAUGCGCGGCUCCAUCGACUGCCUGGACGACCUUCUGCGGGCCGGCAUCACUUUGGCCGAGAACGUCGUGGUCGUAAACAAGGAGCUCAACAAUUCCGCCGAAGAGGACACGCUGGCUGAUUGCAACACGAUCGUCGCAGUGCAGACUAUGUUCAAAUUCUUCCCGAGCAUAAAGAGCAUCACGGAGCUGUCCCAGUCGAGCAACAUGCGCUUCAUGCAGUUCCGGGCGCACGACAAGUAUGCACUGCAUCUCAGCAAAAUGGAAAAGGUACUCCUCAGUGCUACUACCGAUGACAACUACUCCGAUGAGCCUCCGAUGGGCUCCCCGAGGGAAAAGGAAAGAGGAUCCCACAUAUCGUACAUGUUCCGACUGCCGUUCGCCGCCGGUAGCGUCUUCAGCGCCUCGAUGCUGGAUACUCUGCUUUAUCAGGCCUUCGUCAAAGAUUACGUGAUAACGUUCGUCAGGCUGUUACUGGGAGUGGACCAAGCGCCGGGAUCCGGAUUUCUCACGUCGAUGCGCAUAACGAAGGACGACAUGUGGAUAAGGACAUACGGCAGGCUGUACCAAAAGCUUUGCUCGACCACCUGCGAGAUCCCGAUCGGCAUAUACAGGACGCAGGACACCACGGUGGCCGAUUCCUCGCACCAGGGCGACUCAGACGCGGAAAGCGACGCCGGCGUCGGUGUGACGUACAAGGUGCGUCAUUCGGCGGCAGCAUCGUGUCUUGCGAAUUGCGCCACCCGCGACAAGGGUGCAUCUGCUUACUCGGUGAGCCUCGGCGACGAGGCGCGCGACAACCACGCGCAGCAGAUCGAGCGGGCGGAGAUCGCGAACCUGGUGCGCUCGCGGAUGGAGUCGCUGAACCUGCCGAUCGCCGACUACGACGACGUCUCGGAGAAGCGCAACAGCCUCUCCUACGUAAUCAUCAACCCGAGCUGCGACCUGAAGCUCGAGGAGGGCGACAUCGUCUACCUGGUGCGGCCCAGCCCGUUCUCCGCGCAGAAGACCUUCGAGCGGCACAACUCCCGGCGCAAGAGCAACAUCAGCUUCUGCUCGGCGCAGCUGGUGUCGCAGAUGAGCGCGGCGGUCGCGGCGGCCAGUCUGCAGGCCGGUGCGCCGACCAGCCGUCGUGGCUCCAGCAUAGGACUGGCGAGAGCGCCGCCGUUGGGCACAACCAAGUCAAACUCAUUAUCCUUACCCGACAGCCCGACCGUGGCGGGCACUCUACGCGGUCGGUCCAAUUCACUGAGGGUGGUCGACGACAUCCUGCUGCGGCGCAGCAAUUCCCUGAGGCAGGGUCUCACGACGACCAGGCGGAAGAGCAGCCUGGAAGACAUCGGUCUGGGCGCGCUCUCCCAUCAUACCAACCACAAUCCGAUCAAGAUCGCGUUGAACGGCUCGAUCGGCCUAGAGGUGACGCCGCCGGAGGAGGGCUCGCAGGGUGGCGGUGCCAGCAACACCGGUAUCCUCGACGUCGGCUUGCCCUCCAUGCCGGAGCUGAACGCGGCGUUGGGGCCCAGCCUCGGCGCAGGCCUCGGUGGUUCUUUGGGCGGACUUUACGACCCACCGUCUCUGCAGUGCCCGAUGGGCUCGCCCUGCCAGUCGCCGCAGUUGCAAGGCGCCACGCAGGACCCACAGCACAUACAGGGGACGAUAGUAUGAUAUAACCUAAUGUGGGGACGCAGGCUCUCCGGCGUGGCGCGUAACAAGUGGCUGUAGCGUUCCCACAUGGCGUUCAGGGCUGAGCGACGAGAACGGCGAUCGUAGCGAGUCGUAGGGAGAGAGAGGAGGGCGUACACGACCAACGUGCUAAUGUCUGUCGUCGGACUGACUGAUCCGCGGAACGAGGUGUGCAACCACCGUACAAAUACCGUCGUGACGGCUAAGCGUCGGAGAAUCGUCUCUUGCGAUGCUUUCCUCGGCUGAGGUGAGUUUGGCGCGAGAAACCGCCAGAGGCGAGAUCAGCCCGCCUCGGUCGAUUGUGACCGGAAGCGCGAACUUUAUGAACCGAAUCGUGUUACCGACCGUGAGUCGAGGAUCGCGUCGACAGUCACAAAUUAGAAUCAAAAGAUUCCGGCUUCUUUCGCGCACGGAGAAAGAUCAUUUAGGAGAGCAAAUUUUAUGCUGUCGUUGCAAAUAAGGGGAUAUACAGGGUAUUUCUUAAUAUUGUCCGACUAGUUUCGAGCGCAAAACUCAAAAUCGCAAGGCGUGCAGUCGUGUGUACAGAAUAUAAAUCCGAACACGAAACAAACCAUGUGUCCAACGAAAGGAUGAUGGCAUCUACAUUUACCUUUUCAUGCGUAUUCCAUAUCUCAUGUGUCAUCUAAUGUAAACAUUCUUGAGAAAUUGAUAUGAUAAAAACUAUAAUUAUGCAUGGACCAGCUUUCCAAUAUAUCACGUAAAUUAUAUGUAAGUCUGAUCAUUUUAUAAUAAAUACAUAAUUGUUCAUUUUGUUUUUCUUUUUAUUAAUAUAUAUUGUGCACAAAUGAUAA